UGUGAAAGUGAAAAAAAAGAAAGAAAAAGGCCAAGAUCAUCUGAUGUGUUGUGAAAUAUUGAGGAUUGGAUCAAUUUUCAAUUUUAAAAAAUAAUUAUCAUAUCGUUAUUUAAAAAAAAUUAAAUCAUUUCAAAAAAAAUGGCACAAUCGAUACGUUGGAUUCUACGAUCACAGCCAUUGCCAUUAGGAUCACAAUCAUCAAUGAUGUCCAGAUUUUGGUUGCCAAUAAAACCGAAUAAUCAACAACAAUCAUUGAUAACACCAUUAUCAAUCAAUUAUCGUUCCGUACAAAAUUAUUCACCAAUGAUGUUGAUGUCAACUUGGUCAUCAUAUAAUAGCCAUAAUAAACAAUUGAAUACAAAUAUGGAUCAAACUAAACCAAUGAUGAUGAUGAUGAUUAAACGUAAUGUUCAUAAACCAACAUUGACUGUUGAUUUUAUUCGUGAACGUAUAAUGUUGGUAUUAAGGUUAUACGAUAAAAUUGAUCCAGAUAAAUUAACAAUUGAUUCACAUUUCUACAAAGAUUUGGGACUGGAUUCAUUGGAUCAUGUAGAGAUAAUAAUGGCUAUUGAAGAUGAAUUUCAUUUCGAAAUACCUGAUGCCGAUGCCGAAAAACUCAAUACACCACGUGAUCUAUUGAAUUAUAUACAAAUUAAAGAAGAAGUUUAUUCGGAGCUUGAACAUCAUGAUGAUCAUCAUACUGAAGGUCAUCAUUGAUUUUUUUUUCUAUAUUUAAAAAAAAAUAACCACCAUUGAAAAUUCAACAUUGUUUUGAAAAAAAGUCAAUGUAAAAAAGUAGGCAAUCGUGUUGUGAAAUGAAACCAGUUCAUUUUCCUGUAUACAAACAAAAAAUUAUAUACAAAAAACAUACAGGAAUUCU